UAUUGAUAGUGAGAUUGCAUUUGAUCUCUCGUUGGAGUAAGAAAUAUAAAUGAACAAAGAAACAGAAGGAGACUCAUUUCUGGCUUAUUCAGUUUUUCUAUCCGUACAAUAAGGAAUAUCAGCUCUUUAAGAUUUCUGGGUUUGUUGGAGACUCUAGAUUUUAGUGGGUUGUGCCCUUUUGGGUGGUCUAAUGGAGAAAGUUGAUCAUUGUAGAAUCACUGGCCUUCCCAUUAGCAGAAGUUCUCCAAUUUGGAGAAAUAAUUUAGCCGAAAUAUUUUCGAAAUCUAGUCAUGAAGAUGAUGAUGAAGCUUUAAAAUGGACUGCCCUUCAGAAGCUGCCCACUUACAAUCGCAUGAGGAAAGGUAUAUUGACUGGAGUAGAGGGCAAGACCAAGGAAGUUGACAUUAAGGGUCUGGGGUUACAAGAAAGGAAGGUUGUGCUGGACAGGUUGGUCAAAGUUGCAGAGGAGGACAAUGAGAAGUUCUUGUUGAAACUAAAGAACCGCAUUGCUCAAGUUGGAAUUGAAAUUCCCACGAUUGAAGUUCAUUUCGAGCAUUUAUAUAUUGAGGCAGAAGCUUAUGUAGGAAGUAGAGCCGUGCCUACACUUCCCAACUUCUCUCUAAAUAUGCUAGAGGGGUUCUUGAACUGGCUUCAUAUUCUCCCCAGUAGAAAGAUGUCACUGCCAAUCCUUCAAGAUGUUAGUGGAAUAAUUAAGCCAAGCAGGAUGACAUUGCUUUUAGGUCCCCCAGGUUCUGGAAAAACCACACUAUUGUUAGCUUUGGCAGGAAAGCUUGAUCCAGAACUGAAAUUUUCAGGGAGAGUAACUUACAACGGUCAUGAAAUGGAUGAGUUUGUCCCACAGAGGGCAGCAGCUUAUGUUGGUCAACAUGAUCUCCACAUAGGAGAAAUGACAGUCAGAGAAACCUUGGCCUUUUCUGCCAGAUGUCAAGGGGUCGGGAGUAGUUACGAGAUGUUGGCAGAGCUAUCAAGAAGAGAAAAGGAAGCAAACAUCAUGCCAGAUCCUGAUAUUGAUAUUUACAUGAAGGCAGCUGCAUUAGAAGGGCAGGAGGCCAGUGUAGUUACAGAAUACAUUCUUAAGAUCUUGGGACUCGAGGCUUGUGCUGAUACCUUGGUUGGAGAUGAAAUGCUGCGAGGUAUCUCUGGAGGCCAAAGAAAACGACUUACAACAGGUGAGAUGCUGGUUGGACCUGCAAGGGCACUUUUCAUGGAUGAAAUAUCAACUGGUUUGGACAGUUCAACGACCUUCCAGAUUGUGAAUUCACUGAGGCAGUUCAUCCACAUUCUAAAAGGAACCGCCCUUAUUUCUCUCCUCCAGCCAGCGCCAGAGACUUAUGAGCUUUUUGAUGACCUAAUUCUCCUAUCAGAUGGACAGAUAGUGUACCACGGUCCCCGUGAACAUGCGCUUGAGUUCUUUGAGUCAAUGGGCUUCAAAUGUCCUGAGAGGAAGGGGGUCGCCGACUUCUUGCAAGAAGUGACAUCGAGGAAAGAUCAGAAACAGUACUGGGCACGUAAAAAUGAACCCUACAGAUUCAUCCCUUCCAAUGAAUUCGCAGAGGCAUUCCACUCAUUCCAUAUUGGUCAGAACCUAGGAAAUGAACUGGCCACUGCAUUUGACAAGAUCAAGAGCCAUCCUGCUGCUUUAACAACUAAGAAGUAUGGUGUCAGCAAGAAGGAGCUGCUGAAAGCUUGCAUCUCCAGAGAACUCUUGCUGAUGAAGAGAAAUUCAUUCGUCUACAUUUUCAAGAUGAUGCAACUUACUCUUACAGCAUGCAUAACAAUGACACUCUUCCUACGUACUGAGAUGCACAGAGAUUCAGUAACAGAUGGUGGGGUUUUUUUGGGUUCUCUGUUCUUCUCUCUUAUUGUGAUUAUGUUCAAUGGAUUCUCCGAGAUUUCCAUGACCAUCAUGAAGCUUCCUGUAUUUUAUAAGCAAAGAGACAUCCUUUUCUUUCCUUCAUGGGCAUACUCACUACCAACAUGGAUACUAAAGAUCCCAAUCACACUUUCUGAAGUUGCCAUUUGGGUGUUCAUGACCUACUAUGUCAUAGGUUAUGACCCAAAUAUCGGCAGGCUUUUCAAACAAUACCUUUUACUCGUAUGUGUUAGCCAAAUGGCAUCUGGAUUGUUUCGAGUCAUUGCAGCAUUGGGGAGGAAUACCGUCCUUGCCCACACAGUUGGGUCCUUUGUGCUACUUGCAAUCAUGGUUAUGGGUGGAUUUAUCUUGCCAAAAGAUGAUGUAAAGAAAUGGUGGAUAUGGGGUUACUGGAUAUCUCCUCUGAUGUAUGGGCAAAAUGCAAUAGUAGUGAAUGAAUUCCUUGGGAAAAGUUGGAGACAUGUUCAAUCAAAUUCUCGUGAGCCCCUGGGUGUGGUUGUUUUGAAGUCUCGUGGGUUCCUCCCUGACGCAUACUGGUAUUGGAUUGGGGUUGGGGCAUUGAUUGGCUAUAUAUUUCUAUUCAAUACCCUUUUCACUUUGUCUCUCUCUUAUCUCAAUCCAUUUGGGAAACCUCAGGCAGUAAUAUCUAGUGAGAUCUUGAUGACCAAACAUGCGGAGAAAAAUGGGAAAUUUAUUGAGCUAUCAUCCAAGGAAAAGAGCUUUGUGGUUCAGAAAUCAUCCAAAGAAGAAAGAAGUGAGAAAAUUUCGAGCACAACCCUUCGGGUGCUCCUCAAUGAAGAGAAAAAUGGGAAACGAGGGAUGGUUCUUCCAUUUCAACCUCUUUCCAUCACCUUUGAUGAAGUCAAAUACUCUAUAGAUAUGCCACAGGAAAUGAAAGAACAAGGUGUUCAAGAAGACCGAUUGGAGCUUCUCAAGGGUGUAAGCGGAGCCUUUAGGCCAGGAGUCCUUACAGCUCUAAUGGGCGUUAGUGGCGCCGGUAAGACCACUAUGAUGGAUGUGCUAUCUGGAAGGAAAACAGGUGGAUACAUUGAGGGAAGCAUAACCAUUUCUGGGUACCCAAAGAAGCAGGAAACAUUUGCUCGUAUAUCAGGAUAUUGUGAACAGAAUGACAUCCACUCUCCUCAUGUUACGGUCUAUGAAUCCCUACUAUAUUCUGCUUGGCUUCGGUUAUCCCCUGAAGUCAAUUCUGCCACAAGAAAGAUGUUCAUCGAGGAGGUCAUGGAACUUGUGGAGUUGACCAUAUUGAGGGAUGCACUAGUUGGGUUACCAGGGGUGGAUGGUCUCUCAACAGAGCAGCGGAAGAGGCUGACCAUUGCGGUUGAGCUUGUUGCAAACCCUUCGAUAAUAUUUAUGGACGAGCCAACAUCUGGGCUUGAUGCAAGGGCGGCAGCAAUAGUUAUGAGAACAGUGAGGAAUACAGUGGACACUGGACGAACUGUCGUGUGCACUAUCCACCAGCCAAGCAUCGAUAUAUUUGAGGCUUUUGAUGAGCUAUUUCUAAUGAAGCAAGGAGGAGAAGCAAUAUAUGUGGGUUCAUUAGGGAGACACUCUUGUGACCUGAUCAAUUACUUCGAGGCAAUUGAAGGGAUCAAUAAAAUAAAAGAAGGUCAUAAUCCAGCCACAUGGAUGAUGGAGGUGACAUCAGCUGGCCAGGAAGCAAUUUUGGGGGUCAACUUCACCGACAUAUAUAAGAAUUCAGAACUAUAUAGGGGAAACAAAGCACUGAUCAUGGAACUAAGUAAACCUACGCCUGGCUCAAAAGACCUCAAUUUCCCUACAAAAUAUUCCCAGUCUCUCUUGACCCAGUGCCUGGCUUGCUUGUGGAAACAGAAUUGGUCAUAUUGGCGAAACCCAGCUUACACAGCUUCAAGGCUCUUUUACACAACUUUUGUAGCUCUAAUGUUUGGAACAAUAUUUUGGGAUAUUGAAUCUAAAAGAGCAAAUCAACAGAAUCUCUUCAGCGCAAUGGGUUCCAUGUAUGCUGCUGUUCUCUUCCUCGGGAUACAAAAUGCCUCUGCUGUCCAGCCAGUAGUGGCUAUUGAAAGGGCAGUUUUUUAUAGAGAGAGGGCUGCUGGAAUGUAUUCAGCUUUGCCAUAUGCUUUUGGACAAGUUAUAAUUGAACUUCCAUAUGUCCUCAUACAGGCUUUAAUAUAUGGGGUUAUAGUAUAUGCUAUGAUUGGAGCCCAAUGGACGGUUGCAAAGUUUCUUUGGUAUCUCUACUUCAUGUACUUUACAUUAUUAUACUUUACCUUUUAUGGUAUGAUGACAGUGGCCAUGACUCCCAAUCAAAAUAUUGCUGCCAUAGUUUCUGCAGCAUUCUAUUCAAUAUGGAACCUCUUCUCUGGAUUUAUAAUUCCACGAACAAGGAUUCCUGUCUGGUGGAGAUGGUACUACUGGAUUUGCCCUGUAUCUUGGACCAUGUAUGGGUUGCUUGUGGCACAAUUUGGAGAUAUAAAAGAAAAGCUUGAAUCAGGAGAGACAGUGAAAGAUUUUGUGCAGGACUAUUUUGGGUACAAGCAUGAUUUUCUAGGAGUGGUUGCAAUUGUGAUUGUUGGGUUUGCUGUGUUCUUUGCAUUCAUAUUUGCGUUUGCAAUAAAGAUAUUAAAUUUCCAAAGAAGAUAAGAAGAUUCUACAGUGUCCUAUAGGGGAGCUAAAUCAAGCAUCCAGAAAAUCAUUUAUCCAUGUACACUGCAUAGUUUGAGGUUCUAAUGUUUUACAUGUAGGAAACAAUUUAUUCUUUCUAGAUCCAAAAUUUAUUUAUUAUGGCACAGUUUAUCGCAUGCCAUCUGUACACAAUUUCCUCAAUUCUGAAUGAACUGCCUUGGUCAAACAA